AUGGGGGCCUACGGUGACUUCGUCAAUCUCAAGGAUUUGCCAGCUCAAUCCUCGAAGAUGCUCAUAAGUGUAGGAUUUGCGGGCCUCUGCCACCACGCCCGGGCCCUCGACAAGGCGGCGGCGGUGGAUGCGGGCGGGGCCCACCCGCUCGAGGAGAUCGCGAUGAGCGCAGGCCACCUGCUCCUGCUCAAGCUGUGGCAGCGGGAGGAGGACCGCCUGGGCCGCCGCGCGUGCGUGCUGGAGGUGCGCAUGGACGUGGCGUGCCGGGACACCUUCUACCUCUGCGCGGCGUUCCUCGCCCUCCACAGCCUCGCCCUCGCGGUCCUCUUCGCCUCGUCCGUGGGCAGCGCCGGCUCCUCGAUCGCCGCCGCCGCCGCCGGCGGAGGCCCGGAGAGCGCCGCGUGCAGGAGGUGGUGGGCGCCGUCGUCGCUAUCCCUGGCGGCCUCCCUCACGCUCGCCGCGGCCGUAAGGAAUAAGGUAGGAUUUGCCUUCUGGGCCGGCUUGAGCCAUGUUGGGCCGAGCUCGCGAGCCGGCUCGCGAGCCUGA